CUCACAUUCCGCUCAAAAUUAUUGGUGGACUUAUAAGUGACAGAGUAAGAAUUCUCAGCGAGCGAUACAAGAUGUGGUUUUUUAACUCAGUCUCUGUAGGAUUAGCAGGAGUUUGUUGCGCAUUGAUCGGAGUAUUUUCCGCCGAAUGGCCUAAAACUGGUGUUACACUUUUCACCUUAGUAAUCACCUGUAUGGGAUUUAGUCCUGUUGGCUUCUAUAAAUGUGGGACACUUUGUUCAAGACAGUAUGCUCACUUUGUGUUAGCUGCUGUACAAUACAUGAAAUGUGUUGCCAUGUUUGUCGCUCCUGGAACAGUUGCCCUACUAGUGCAUGAUGAAAGCCGCUACAAUCAGUGGCGGUAUGUCUACUGGAUCAACGGUAUUCUUUUGAUAAUA